AUGGCAGGAGAAGUUACAGGAUCAAAAACAAUUACUAAAAGUAGAUUAUUGGAGGAAGAAGCUGAAAAAUCAGAUACUGAUUAUAAUACUUCAACCAAUUUCUAUAAAUUUUCAAUGACCAGAUUUAUUGAUAAUCCAUUUUAUGCAGACCAAAACUUUCCCAAAAACAGCAGUGGAUAUUAAGCUGUAGAUCCAAAAUUAAUCGCAGAAACUUAAUCUAAUAUCAGUAAAGCAAAUUCUUAAAUGAAUUUCAAGUUUCCAACACUAAAAGAAUUAAAAAAUAAUACAUCCAUUAAGUGUAUAUCUUAGGCCUAAAAUGGAGAAUGGAAUGCUAAUGUUUGCAAAACAGUGCAAAAGAAUGGAGAGACGACAUGUUAAUGUGAUUCUUUAAAUCCAACUUCUGUGAUGGAAUCCUUGAAUCUUAUUGCUGAUAAAGCUGCUUAAGUAUUUUCCUUGGAUACCCUAUUGGCAUUUGGAUCAUUUCCAUUUUAUAAGACCAUAGUUUUCUAUUUCUAUUUGGGAAUCACGGGUAUCUAUUUAUGGGUUGUCUAUUGGGGAGUUAAAGUUGAUAAUGAAAUGUUUGCAAAAAUUCAUGCUGCAUAAGAAUUAGCAGAAUAAAAAUUAAAAGAAGAAAAACUUAAAUUAGAGAAUAUUGAAAAUGACUCAGAAAAUAAAGAACAGAAUAAAUAAAUUAAAGAAAAUAAAGAAAACAAAUAGGAGCCUAAUUUUAUUAAGUAACUUGAAGAAAUUAAAGAAAAUGAUAUACCAUAAAUCGAAUCUUUACCAAAAUUAGAAAAUAAUAUUUUUUAAAAUCCCAGGUCAUUUCAAAAAAUUUUACUUUAAGCCUAACUUUCUAGGAUAAAUUCUCCAUAAGAUUAAUUGAUGAAUGAAAUCCCUGAUUCUAAAGUUUAUAUCAACAUCGCCAUUAAGCCUGAUGUGCCGAAAGACAUAGGAUCUGAUGGAUUAUUGGAAAAACAGACUUCUAUAAAAAAUGAAAAUCGACUUGAAUCAUAAGAAGAUCUUAAAAAUAGUGAUGAAUCAGAUAAAUAAUACAACGAUUAGAAGAAGGAAUCAGAAGAGAAUAAAAAUGAACUUCAAAAACCAAAAGGAUUAAAGUAUUUGACUAUUUCAAAUUCAAUCACUAAAGUUAAGGCCUAUAUUGAAUAUCUUAAAUUUUUCCAUCAACUAUUAUAGAUAAUAUAUAAAUCAGAUGAAAAAAAACCUAGAGGUUUAAGAGCUUCAAUUGUUUACACAAGUAUUUUGGGUAGUUUGGCUGUGUUAUUUGUAUUUAAUUAACCAAAUAAUCUUAGCUUUACAGUUGCUUUAGCUUUAUUAACUGCUCCAAUUAAUAAAAUUUAUUAGAUUAUUCUAGAAAAAACAUUAUCACAUAAAAAGAAGAUAGUUAGAUCAAUUGGAGCUGUUUUUAUGAUAAUAAGUGCUGGUCUCAUUUCUUAUGUUAUGUUGGCAGGUUUGGUAAUGAUGGAUUCAGUGGAAACUGCUAAUUAAUGGAGCUAUAUCUUUGUAGGAACCUUUACCCUGGAUAAUUUAUUUUAUUGUCCAAUUUCUUUAAUUUUCUAAUACUUAAUUCAUAUGGAAUUCAUUAAGCUACCAGUUUUCUAAAAGUUGCUUGAUAAGAUACUUGAUGAAAAGGCUAAAGAAUUUUUGUAUGGUUUAAUGGAACAAUUUGGUGGAGGAGAAGAAUGA